AUGUUCUUCUACUUGUCGUUCCUUCGACCCCCGCCAUCCCAAGCACUUCCGUCGGAUUCAGUCUCGAUCACACCACAGGUUGCCAAUGACUUGCGCACGGAACUACUUGACAACGCACAAGAUAUCUACUAUGCCUGGUGUCUCCCGCCUGCACCGCAUGCUAAGCCAAACCAGCUCCCUGCUAUCACCAAACCCCAGAAGCUUACGACAUGGAGACAAGGAAGUGCCUACAAGGAACUGUCAGUCCCGACUCCGCCUGGGAUCAGGGAAGGCCAAUCCUGCUGCCUCCUCCUCACCACCCAUGCACAGGGAUACCCGCAUCUCAUCAACCUCGGAUCGACAGAUGUCGGACAACGCCCAUAUCCGGUCAUGUCGAUGCCUAUCCUGUUUUGCUCGAAGAAUUCGAAGGGGAAGUCACCGGCGUACUCAGAGAAACAGGAACAUGUGGAGCGUAUUUACCGGAUACCGCUUAACUCGUCAGAACAGGUCUUCAUGCGCGUGAAGGAACAGACAUCGUUUGAUUUGGACAAGAAAGUAUGGGAUAGUGGGAUAGGACUGAGCUCGUGGAUCACUACCCUCGCGAACGACGACAGCAUCGCUAGUAGCGCAGGCAUCCUCGCUCGUAUGAAAAGUGCAAUUCUAUCUCCUGAGCGUCGAAGUAUAAUCGAGUUAGGUGCCGGGACGGGCAUGGUAUCUUUGACCCUCGGGGCAUUGCGUUCUGCAAAGGCUCCUGAUGAUAGCCUGUUGACGACAGACCUAGCAUCCGCAAUGCCCCUACUCGAGCACAAUAUUUCGAAUAAUGCCUCAAUAUUUCGUUCAGACGCGAGUCGUCCCAGAGCACUCACAUUGGACUGGGACGAGCCGCUUCCGCCGGAAGUGUCCUCCGUGCAGGACGGGUUUGACGUGAUAAUCAUGGCGGAUGUCACGUACAACACAUCUGCAUUCCCGUCGCUUAUACGGACAGUCUCAGAUAUUCUCCGUCUCCGCUCAUCGGUGCCGCCAUCGACGCCCGAACUUCGAAAGACCAUGCUACUGCUCGGUUACAAGGAGCGCGACCCCGCAGAACGGAUGUUAUGGGAGAUGAUGCGAGACAUCGGCGUGCGUCUUGAGAAGGUGGAUGAGAGGCGCGGCGCAGGCGGCGACCCCGUCGAGAUAUGGAUAGGGACAGUGGCCUGA